AUCUUUAAGGUUGUUGUGGUGGAGGAUGGCUUUAAACUAUCUCCCUGUUUCUGCUACUACUUGAUGACUGGUGAUCACCAAGAAUAACUGGGCUCAUCGUGGGACUGGCCUGGACCAGCCACAGAUUCCCACGACCCCUCCUCCACACACGCGCGCGCACACACACACACACACACACACACACACACACACACACACACACACACACACACACACACACACACACACAAAACAGACAAAUCAAAACACAAGCUGUAGAGGCGCACAAGCAGUGAGGACACAGGCAGAGCGGCUUUGCACCACUUUUAGUAAGACUGUUUUUACUAUAAAAGCUUCAUUUCAGGAUCCGCAGCGCCGUCUUUUGCGCUGCACACUGGCUCACACAGUAAAGGAAAGGAUGAAAAACGUCUUAAUGUGAAUAGGAAUACUGUGAAAAUCUGGAUUUAACACACGGAGGAGUGGGAGGAAUAACGCAACUCAUGGUUAUUUAUUUUGAUGAUGCUGAGGAGCCAGUUUCUGCUUCGGAUUUACGUCCAAAAACAAGUCUGAAGCCAGAGGAUGACAGCAGCCAGUCCUGUCUGCAGCCCCGCCUCCUCCCACUCUUCCCAGUCAUCACCUGUUUGCCUCCCAGCAUGCCAGAGACACCUGAUGAAAGGCAAAGCCCUCCAGACCAAACUGCCCUUGCGCUCUGCCCCAGGUGUGUGGCUCCUGCUGGGUGUAGUGGUGGUUUUGGUGGGGAUGGCUGUUGCGGUGGCAGGCUACGUAUCCGCAGCACCGAAGGCCGUCAGCAUCGGCCGAGGCAGCACCCACACUGAGCGGAUGAAACUGGCCGGGCCCGUGAUCAUGGGAGUGGGCCUGUUCAUCUUCAUCUGCGCCGCCACACUGCUGUACGAGAACCGGGAUCUGGAAGUCCUCAGACGAGAGUCACCUGAUGAUCUUGAGGAUCUGAAGGGAGGAGACGGCUGGGAGGAUUCGCAGGAGCAGCCCAGCUUCAGCUGUCAGGAGCAGUGGGGGUACAAAGAUGGAGAGCAGGGAUCCUGGGGCGCUCCGACCCACACACUCCCCCUCUCAAACGAGAACUGCGGUCCUCCUCUUAACCCACCUCACAGGAACACACACAACACUGGCAGCAGGCCAUCACCGCCACCUCCUUCAGAUGCAGGAGGUGGAGAUAGGGAGGAGGUGGAGGAGCAGGAGAAGGAGGGAAGAUCCACUCUGCUGGCCCGAGUUCUGCACCACCAGGAGCCAACUCCUCACCCUCCCUCCCCCUGCCCGUCCAUCUCCCACUCCUCUGUCUACUCAAACUCUUGCAAUUCCAGUGAAAUCAACUUCAACAUACGGACAGGCUUUCCUCAACACUGAACCACCCCCCCCACUGGUUCAACUUCUACUGUAUCAUAAAAUAUGCAUGAUGAGAUUCAUUCGGAAGUUUCACGUGUAGACACACACUUAGGACAAGACUAUGCAUUCUUCAAUGAACAGAUGAAAUGUUUGUUGGUAUGUUUUAGUGCCUCCGAGUGGCGCAGUAGCUCUGAGUCACUGUCUGUGAAGGGUGUUUUGUCCUACAUCGUUCUCUGACUCACCCACGUUUGAAAGAUUGAAGCUAUGCUGUUUGAUGUCAACUCACCAUCUUGUUGUCUUUGAACUAACCCAUGCCCCAAAAUCCCUAAAGCCACUGCUUGUUUGACCAUAUUUGGACGUGAGAAGGAUUGCUGAAAACUUAUUUGGGUGCAGUACUGGCAGAUGGACUCACUCCCUCCCUCUCUCUCUCUCUCUCUCUCUCUCUCUCGCUCUCUCACACACAUGCAGUGGUACAACGUCUUAAUUUCUUUGCUGGAGAGGUUUUGUUAAGUGGAUGAGCCAGAUUAGGUUUUAAACGAGUCUUUAUCUAAUCUCACACGUACUGUAAUCUACUCUUUAUCUGAGGAAAUUGCGUCUCGGUAUAAACAGGAGAAGCACACAGGGCCACACUCUCUUACUCGACACCUACAUCCACGCUAUAAAUACCAGCUGCUGCUCUGUACACAUGCAAGUGUAGACUCCAGUUUCAGUGUUUUCCUGUAAUUCAACUUUUUUUUUUUUAAUUCACAUUGUCAGCUGCUCAGUUUUUCUCCCUUUGUCGAGUGUGGUGAGGCGAGAUAUAAGAACUUCAAUCAGAUGGUGGAUAGAAAAAAAAGAGCAAUGACAAAAUCUGGUAAGGCUGUUAUGAUUUAUUCCUGACGCAGCUUAACUGAGUAAAGCGGUCCUAUGAGUCGUGUAACUGAAGCCUCACUCUCCCACCAUCCCGACCUUUUAUCUGCUCUCGCUUCAUCAUCUGAUUCCUACGCUUUAUUCAAAUACCCCAUCCUCCAUCUCAAUCCUUGGCUUCUGCAAAACAUUGCAGAGUAAAAUGUUAUCGGGU